AAUUUAAUCAAAUUUUUUUUCCAUUUAUUAGUAAUAAAAACUUUCAUAUCUUACAGGUGGUAGUAAACAACAUAUUUGAGGCAACAUUUGUAAAUGAAGGAACAAGAGAAGCUCUGAGUCGUAAUGGCAGGGAUCUUCUUGCUACAAUUGCAGCCAAGCACCCGUUAUCUAUUUCAUAUCUGCUUACUGCAACUCAGGAAUGGAUAUCAAAUGUAGGGGGUAUGGCACUCUACUUAUUCCGUGCCCUGCCUUUGGAAUUGUGGGAGCCUGGUAAUGAUGAUGUAACAUGUGUGUCCCAUUGGUUACUGUUCAUGCCAGCAGCCAGUGUUGAGAAUCAGCUGGCAAGAAUUAUUUUCAGCAAGCUCAACUGGGGAGAGAAUGAGACUGAGUGUCAACUUGUGCUUCAACAAGAACUGCAUCGAAAGGUGGCGCUGACUGUAUUGGAGGCUCAUAUUAAGAUAUGUCGUGAUUUGUAUUCUGGAAGCUUGCUGACUGAAGGAGUUAAGCAAGUCACUUCUGUUAUGUACUCUCCAUCUCCAGAACAGAUGUUCUUUAAUUGGUCUUGGGAACUGCUUAUACGUCUGAGACUCCACCGACUAGACCAGCCUAAGGCACAGGUUCAAGCUGCCCUGGCCUCUCCAUCAUCACUCCUUGUGGACAUGCCAGACCCAACCUCAGCAGCAAUAACUCAAGC